ACAGAGAUGGAGGAAACCAAUCCCGCGUCAGAAUUUCGUGGUCUCCAUUCCAAUCUUAAACUCUUCGGCUACGGAAGUGGUCUCCUCUUGUCCACUUUUGCACUCAUCAUCCUUUUGCCGCUAUACUAUGAACAAUUAGCCCUGAAUGGCGAAAGGUUCAACAUCACCGGAGCCAUCCUCUUUGUUUCUUUUCUUGUGAUGAUGGUCUUUGUUAGCGUCUCCAUCAUCUUCGGAAGUAUUAACAAGUGGAAGGUGCCCUUGUACAGAUCACCUAUACCAUUGAAGAGAUUGCUACCCAUCGUUCUAUCUUUUGGUGUGAGUGUAAUCCUUUUCACUGUCAGCUGCUAUCAUAGAGUUCCAUGCCAUCUGCAGGACCCUCUCAAGGGUGGUGCUCUCGUCUUCUCCCUCAUCUUUUACUUCUUCUUCUGUCGAAAGGUGAUGGGAUUGCAACGAAUUUUCUCUGCAACAACCGCCGUUGUUGGUCUCUUUAUCUCUGUGGAUUAUGGACUGUGCGACGAGUUCAGAUGUCGUGGGAGUGACCUUACGGUCACACCCGGUGAUGAGCCAACCGCUUCCGCUGGCUGGCAAGGACGUGCUGUGUGGACUCUCUUUUACGUGAUUGCCAUCUUCGUCUGGGCUUUCCAUGUUGUACUCCUCGAGGGGUAUGUUGUCUCUGUGCCGAAGAAUGGUAAGCCCAACGUCGCGUCAACGACACAGACUCAUCUGUUGAGGACAGUGUCAAGAAUAGUAGCUAACUCUGAGCCACUGUUGACUUCAACACCAAUUAAGAAGCCACCAAGCCGUCAGAGAGUCCAUCCACUUCAUUUGAUUGUUUGGAUCCACGUCCUAAGCUUUGUCUUUAUUGUGACAUUUGGAUGGAUUGACAUUUUUCCAGCCACUGGACGGAUCAAAUCCUUUAGUCGCCACUUGUCGGACACCGAAAAUACUCUGCUGUGCCACCUCAAUAUAUACAAUCGAGUACCUGAUGUGAGAAGUAACCAGGAAGAUGUAGACUUUUUGUCCAAUUUAGUUCCGGAUAGUCCACAAUACAACCAAACCGUCCAAAAGUUGCGCAGGCCGAGAAGUGCAGACGCCACGGCGAUUCCUUCUCAAGAUCGUGUCAAGCUCAAUGAGCCGCGCGGACAUGAGAUUGAUCCUGGAGACUUCCACAAAAUCUUCCAUGUGCCCACACCCAAGCAUGUUGUGGCAGGAAUCAACCACACAGCACACAAAAUCAACACGGAACGUCACUGGCACAAGGGCAAGUCUGUGCCAGUGAAGAAGAGACAUCACGAAAAAGGUAGGAACGGAACCAAUGUAAGAUCACCCAACAUCGUGUUGGAGCUGGAGAUCUCAGGAGAUUGCGGUCGCUGUCAGCUCUAUAGUUUACUCCUUGUCGGCGUAUACAUCAUGUUCACAGUUUGUUUCGUGAACUUCUUAUCUGUGGCGGAGUCUGCUGUGUUCACAGUUACUGUCGUCACAGCCACGUUGCCGCUCGUCGGGAUCUUUUGGUCAGUGUUCAAGAUCUCCAAGACCUCGACAAUGGCUCUUCUGAUCUGGUCACCCGAGAUCUCCGGGGAGUUUAUAUGUUCCCUCUUGGGAACACCCAUUGUUUUUCUGGGAUUGGGGCUGCUCUUUCGCGCCUACGUGACAGAGAACUCCCCGGCAUCUGUAUGUGAGACACCGUCAGUGUCCUCCCUGCGAAAUCGUUAUACCUCAAUGCCAUAAGGCAGUGCAUCUGAGAAUGAACAGAGAUAUAAUUGUAAAGGGCUGACAUUAUUGCUCAUAAGAGCGGAGAAUACAUUUCCAAUGUCAAUAAAUUUUAGUGUUUUAUACACGGGAGAACGAGACGAGCAGAAUACAAUGUCACUCCUCUGAGGCCUCAAAGUGACUACAUAAAAAUUUAUUACGAUGGUGACAGUCAAAUGAUAAAGGCUUAAUCAAAAAGACGUUCUUUUUCUCCACAUAUGAAGUAGAGAGUGUUAAAAGGACACGAUGGAUAUAUUCUUUAAUGGUCUAAUUGAAAAUAAAAUAAGAUGUACUGAGAUUUGUGAAAGCCAUUGAUAAAAUAUUCACAAAAUCGUGACCGGAAUAUGUAUUUGUGUACAUUUCAUUUUUUUUCUCACUGUAGCUUUUCAAUGUUAACUUUAAUUUGUGUUCAUGUUCAUUGUACCGUUGUUUAGAUUAUGUUUUAAAUAUCUCUUAAAAUCAAUUGUGUGCCAAAGAUUUUCAAAUAGAAAAUGAUGAAUAAACGUUAUGUAAUUGUUCAUACAUUAGUAUUUUGAAGCCAACUCUAAAUAAUAAAAAUUACUGUAUUAUGUUAAUAUAAAUAUAUAAAUUUUAAGUAAAAUAUCCGACAAUUAUGUAUAUUUUGUGAAAACAAUUAAGCGAUUGUUCUAAUGAAAGUACUUGUGAGUUAUUUUCAAUGCGUAAACACACAUUUAUUAGUCGCAAAAAAUACAUUGUACUAUUGAUGAUGUUAUUCAUUGCUCCAGCU